AUGGAACUUAUAGAUGCUUGCUGGCAUAUUCCGGCUGGAAGCGAACACAAGGAAAUUCGCAAAGAGCUCCGGACAAAACUCCGUGCUAGCCUGAAGAGAGCCCGCGAAUCCUGGUGGUCUCAUCGUGCAUCAGAGAUGGAAAUGGCCGCUGCCCUUGGUAGCCAUCGUGAGUUAUUCCGUCUGAUACGGGAAACGGGCAGCAGGAGACCUGAUGUUAGUGAAACUAUACGUGACGAGGGUGGACAGGCUAUCCACAACUUAGCAAAACGCUUAGAGCGUUGGGCUGAGCACUUUGAAAGGCAAUUUAAUCGGUUGGAAUUGUUAGAUUACUCGCCGGCCACUGAUCGCCCCGCUCCCUGGGCUGUCCAUUUAGAUCCACCCUCUCGCUCAGAAGUCGAACGUGAGAUCGAACAGUUGAAGUUAAAUAAAGCCGCGGGACCUAAUGAUCUUCCUCCAGCACUCUUUACAUUAGGGGGACCUGCUCUUGUGGAUGAUUUACACGAGUUACUAGUGAGACUGUGGGAGCAGGAAACUGUCCCAACCGACUGGAACCGCUCCGUUAUAAUCCCAAUUUUCAAGGUAGGCUCAGGAUCGGAAUGCGGCAGCCGUAGAGGAAUCAGUCUGAUCUCCAUCGCCACCAAAUAG